CAUACGCCACUCCAAACUGCUACAAGAGCACCGUGGGUUCUCCCAUUCCAGGAUGUCUCAGGGUGUGACCUAUGCUGACCUGAAGUUUGGGAAGGUUCCUCCGGUGAAGAUCCAUCAAGAAGAGACAAGCGAGGAGCUCAGCUAUGAGAAUAUCCUGAUAGCCACACCUGGGGAAGAGAAGCCCCCCAGCAGAUCAGGGCACUCCAAAGAGCUGAACCAUCAAAUAUGCUGUGUGGCCUUCACCCUUGCGGGCACCUGCCUCUUCCUCUUCGCCACCACUGUGGGAUUCGCGGCCCGUUACUGGCAGGUCUCCUGGCAGCUCCAGCAGGCGUCCCGCGCCCAUGCAGCAAACAACAGCCUCCUGUUGCAGAGGAUCAGUGCCCAGGAAGAGAGCCUGGACCAGUCCCAGCAGUUCCUGGGUGACGCUGAGGCACGACGCAGCCACACCAUGGAAGAACUCAAGCGGCAAGAAGAGGAACUGAGGCAAGCCAAGAGCAGCCUGGCCGUCUUGCGGCAGGACCAGGGAGACACGGAACGGACGAGUGAGGCGAGGGAGACCAAUUUGCCUCAUGCCAGAUCUUGCCAGCAGACUGGCUGCUGCCCCUCUCAGUGGAAGCUCUUCAGGUGGAAAUGCCUGUGGAUUUCGACAGCAGAGAAGUCUUGGGAAGAGAGCCAGAAAGAUUGUGAGGGGAAGUCAUCCCAGCUGCUUGUUUUAAAAGAGCCCUGGACAGCUGAGGAACUGCAGGGUGCCAAAGUCAUGCAGAAUUCUCUGUAUUCAAUUCCAUAUUGGAUUGGACUAAGAUGUUUUCCACCAACAUGCUAUUGGGUUGAUUGCUCACUCUAUAAAGGAUCUCUGAAGUAUAAAGGUUAUGACAGAGAUUAUGAUACCUGCAUACAAAUGAGCCAAGAAGGCCUGAAAAAAGAUGCGUGUUCUGAACGUUAUCCCUACAUCUGUGAGAAGACGGCCAGUUCCAGUUCCUGGUCGUGAGCCACUGGGAACCACAGCCACACCCACCUGAUCUACAGCAAAUCAUCCCAGCAUCUACCGAUAGAUCUGGAUCUACCUUCUGCACGCUCCUGGCCUAUCUGGCGGUAGGACCAUGUUGUACAAGUUGCUACCAGCUUCUGCUUGCACACACCUUUGCCAACACACCUUUGCCCCCAUCCUCUAAUAAAUACAAAUGAACAUCUGAAGGGGGAAAAGCAACAAUUGUUUUGACUGUGGGGAAAAAAAUUGCAUAAGAAGCGAAGAGCCACGGGAGGGAAGACCAAAUUCCAUCGGAAACUUUUGCCAGAUUGACUCUGGUUUGGGUGUUUUAACGACUGAUAAUAUCAAUUAAUGUUUUUAAUGAUGCUGUUUUGUAAUGUGUUCAAAAUGUUCAUAUAAACUGUUUGU